AUGGCUCGCCUCACCGACCUGCCGCCAGAGAUCAAGUUACACAUCUACCAACUCCUACUAGUCGAUCCCAUCCGAGAUAGAUUGCGCAUCGCCUUGACGUUUGAUCCUCUCGACAACAAGAAAAAGACCUGGAGCCGCGCUCGAUGUACUCAGACCGAGCAACCACACAAUGAAGGCCACUCCACGGCUCCCUGCUGCGUCGAUGUCCAACCAUUCACGCUACAUCACCUCGACUUCACUGAUCUGUGGUCAUUGGCCAGAGCCAGCAAGAUGCUGUAUGUGGAAGCGACCAAGACCAUCUACAACAAUGCAGAUCUCGUCUACUCAUCUGGUGAAAUCCUGCCUGUCGCCAAAUCAUUGAAACAUACUGUUGCUUUCAGCCCCCUGACUCGCUUUCUUGGGUCACACAGUCCUACAACCUGUUCAAUGCUGACUUCUCUGGUCAUCAAUGAUAAGUCUGCUGCCAUGACUCCCCGAGAUAUGAAGUUGAUCGUCGACCUCGUCAACAUUCGCCUGCCCAAUAUACGUGUUCUGGGCUAUCAAGUUGGCACGACCACCGCGACCUCACUAACCGACCUGUUGCGGGACACUUACUUGUCCAUCGCUGGGAUCAUCAAGGUCGUCCAGCCUUUUGCUUGCCUCAAGUCCGGCAUUCGCACGUUCGUCGAGGUGCCCAUUUCUACAGAGCUCGCCACGCUCCAACCACAGUUAUAUCACUCGCUCUGCCACAUGAGACACCACAUUUACGCAUAUGCCUCGAGAAUCAUUUCACGUAUGGUCAGACUCCGCCGCAUUGCGCAUAAACACCAUGCGUUGGCGCUGCAACGUGGUGAUUAUCUUCUCAUCACGGUGCCUCUCCGGUCAACGCCGAUCGUGGAAGCGCAGGUUAGCAAGACAACAAAUGGUAUCGAAGAGAUGCUGAACGUUUUCCAUGAUCACGGCUGGGUCGAGAUGUCUCAUCGUGAAAUGCGGGAACAUGCUCGAGCACCUAUCUGA